AUGACUGCUACUAACAGUUUGGAUAAGGACGAUGCAAUCAUCGAGAAACUCGAUAGAGUCAACUCGCUGCUUAGCGAAGGCCAUGCGAUCGAACAUUACUCCGAGGAUUCCGACGAUACUGAAUUGAGGGACGAUAAGACUAAGAGUAAGUAUGCCGUGGUUUCCUCGAGGGAUGCAGAUGCUACGCUAGGGUUCUUGGAGGAAUUCGAUCCACAAGUGCCUGCGAUUACUGCUGAGCAGGAGAAGAGGUUAUCCCGUAAGGUCACGUGGAUCAUUGUGUCCUUAACUGCUUUCAUCAAUUUGAUUCUUUACUCGGAUAAGGCAACAGCUUCUUAUGCAUCGAUUUUGGGUUUAUGGGAAGAAGUUGGAAUCACUCAAAAUCAGUACAAUAACUCCAAUACAUUGUUUUAUGUCGGCUUCAUCGUGGGUCAGGCUAACCUUUACUUUGUGCAAACAUACCCAUUGAAAUACGUUGUGUCUGUCAUGACUGCUCUAUGGACCAUUGUUAUCUUCUUACACUGUGCUUGUACCAAUUACAGAAGUUUCUACGUACUACGGUUCUUCUUGGGUUUUGUCGAAUCCGUUGCUAUACCUUGUUUGAACACAACGAUGGGACAAUUUUUGACAGCUGAUGAAAAAGCGGCUUCAGCGCCAAUGUUUUACAGUACCUGUGUUGGUGUCACUAUCCCAGUUGGUUUCAUCGCUUAUGGUGUUUUGAACAUCACUUCAACCUCGGUUUCGUUAUGGAAAAUCUUUAUGAUGAUCAUUGGUGCUUGUACUUUCUUGCUAACCAUCUUGGUCUUGUUCAUCUAUCCAAAUAACCCAACUGAUGCUAAGUUCUUGAAUACUAAUGAAAAAGUUUGGGUCAUUAGAAGAGUGCAACAGACCACUGGUUCAUCUAUCGAGCAGAAAGUUGUCAAGAAGCACCAAAUUAAAGAAGCGCUGCUUGAUCCUAUCUCGUGGUUGUUUGCUGCCUUCUUCCUUUUGCAACAGUUGGCCAAUAACUUACCAUACCAACAAACACUUUUGUUCAAAUCCAUUGGUAAUAUCUCCAGUUUAGACUCUACUUUGGUGUCUGUUGCUUCUGGUGGGUUUGCAGUCGCUUGUUGUAUCCUGGCUACCACUUUCCUAUUGUAUUUCAAGAAUUAUACGGCAUUUUCAGUGGUGUUCUGGACUAUCCCAUCUUUCGUUGGUUCCAUUGCAAUGGUUUCCAUUCCAUUCGACAAACAUAUUGCUUUGUUGGCCAUGUUGUGUAUGGCUUCUCCAGCCUUCGGUGUCCCAUGGAUUCUAAUGUUCAGUUGGAAUUCUACAACAUGCUCAGGGUACACAAAGAAAUUGACUAGAAACGCCAUAGUGAUGUUCUUUUUCUGUGUUGCCAAUUUAAUUUCACCUCAAUUAUGGCAAGAAAAGGACGGCCCAAGAUACAUCCCAGCAUGGAUCGUUCAAAUUGUGCUAUCGUUCUCCAUUGCUCCAUCGAUUGCAAUCGUCAUCUGGUACAUUCUAAGGAAGAGAAAUCAAGAAAGAGCCAUUAAUUUGGAAGCUGAAGAAAAGAAGUUCGGUUUGAUCGAAGUCAACGGUGAAAGCAUCAAAGCUAACAUCGCAAUGUUGGAUUUAACAGAUCAUGAGAAUAAAACUUUCAUUUAUCCAUUGUGA